CCUUCCCGGGAAAAGCUUUCGGGGACGGAAUCCUGUCCACGAUCUAAAGGCACACCCUGUUGGAAGUCUCGGGCGACCAUCAUCCCCUCAACUGCUGCCACUUUUUCUUUUUCAGGAACACCACGUGCGGAUGCGCUGGCGCGGCCCGUUGGGUGCACGCGUGUAAAGAAAAGCGCGGCCGUGCGAUUUGGAGCCAGUCUCCUCCCUCCCCGGCGCCUUUCCAGCAGCCACCCACUCCCACCCCCAGCAGCCCCAGCUUGACUGGCGGCGCGCGGGUUGGGCUGGGAGGGUAAAUGCAGCUCAGGCGAGGGAGCGAGGGCGCUGCUGCCGCUUCUUUCUGAUCGCCUUGCCUUCCAGGAGCAAGCGGUUUGAAGGACGGGGACCGGAGCGCCGGGGCAAGGAGGGAAGGACGAGAGCCGAGCGAAGCCGGGCUGAAGCGCCAGCCAGCCAGCAGUACUAGCCCUAGUCGCGUGCCAGCGCCCUUUCUCCGCCAGGCGGCAUGAGCAGCUGCGACGCCAAGGACUAUCUGGCCAGGAGGGAGAUCCCGCAGCUUUUCGAGAGUUUGCUGAAUGGAUUAAUGUGCUGCAAACCUGAUGAUCCAGUUGAGUAUCUGGAAAGCUGCUUACAAAAAGUAAAGGAACUGGGUGGAGCAGAAAAGGUAAAAUGGGACACCUUUGUCAGUCCAGAGAAAAGGUCACUACCUCCACUUAAUGGCAGCCAGUCAAGAAGAGCAUUUUUCAGGAAUGUGAUGCCUGACAAUCCCAACUUUCCUUACCGGAGGUAUGAUCGACUUCCUCCAAUUCACCAAUUCUCCAUCGAGAGUGACACGGAUCUCUCAGAAACAGCUGAACUUAUUGAGGAAUAUGAUGUGUUUGAUCCGACCAGGCCCCGGCCAAAAAUCAUCCUUGUCAUAGGUGGCCCUGGAAGUGGAAAAGGAACCCAGAGCUUGAAAAUAGCAGAACGCUAUGGAUUUGAGUACAUCUCUGUGGGUGACUUGUUAAGAAAGAAGAUCCACAGCACAAGCAGCAAUCGAAAGUGGAGCCUGAUUGCUAAGAUAAUUACAACUGGGGAAUUGGCCCCACAGGAAACCACAAUUACUGAGAUAAAGCAAAGAUUAAUGCAAAUUCCUGAUGAGGAAGGUAUUGUCAUUGACGGAUUCCCACGAGAUGUUGCCCAGGCUCUUUCCUUUGAGGACCAAAUCUGUACCCCAGAUUUGGUGGUGUUUUUGUCCUGCUCAAAUCAGCGGCUCAAAGAACGGCUAAUGAAGCGCGCAGAGCAGCAGGGAAGGCCAGAUGAUAAUCUUAAAGCUACACAGAGACGCCUGACUAAUUUCAAGCAGAAUGCUGUUCCACUGGUCAAAUAUUUCCAGGAGAAAGGACUGAUUGUGACUUUGGAUGCUGACAAAGAUGAGGAAGAGGUGUUCCGUAACAUAAGCCUGGCUGUUGACAACAAACUAUUUCCCACUCAAGAACCAGUGCCAAGUCCAUGUGAAGUUGACCUUAGUCUCAUUGUGGACCCAGGAGAGAUUCCUGAUAAUGAAUUUGACUUUGAAGAUCAGGCAUAUGAACAGUCAUGUCUUUGCAGACCUGAAAAUGCCGAAGAUUUUACAGAAGACCUGAGGAAAUCAAACAUAAUUUUUGUACUUGGUGGCCCAGGUUCUGGCAAAGGAACCCAGUGUGAUAAAUUAACCCAAAAGUAUGGAUUCACACAUCUGUCCAUAGAAGAUCUGAUCCAAAAUGAAACAGCAUCUGAAAGGAAUAAGAACAUCAGAGAUAUAACAGAGAGUGGUGAAUUCAUAUCAGGGGAUAUUGUUACAGAGUUCCUAAAAGAAGCUAUACUUGCCAAUAUGGAAAACUCGAAGGGAUUCUUGAUUGAUGGUUACCCCCAAGAGAUGCAGCAGGGAGAACAGUUUGAGAAACAGAUCGGAGAGCCAUCUCUGGUACUCUGCAUGGACUGUUCUUCUAAGACAAUGAGUAGUCGUCUUCUGAAAAAAAGUCGGUGCCUUGAGGAUAAGGCUGAAACUAUCAGGAAACGUAUUGAAGCUUACUAUAAAACAGAGGAGCCACUGAUUGCAUAUUAUGAGAACAGAAUUCCAUUCUUUAAGAUAAAUGCAGAAGGACCACCAGAGGAAGUUUUCCUUGAGAUAUGCACUUCAGUCAAUGCUUUUCUGAAGAAGGAAUAGCAUCACUCUCUUUCAGCACUUAAUGUAAUGGCAGUGCUCGCU